AUGGCCAUGGCUUCAGCUUCUUCCGGGGUGAAGAUGCCUCUUCCUGGGAUGCAAGAAGCAGCAACAAACUCAACCGUAGCCCAUUCGCAACUAUCCAUUAUAAAAUUAAUUAAUAUAAUCAACUUUGGCGACUCCAACUCCGACACCGGCGGCUUUCCCGCCGCGCACGGCUACAUUUUCAAUUACCCCUACGGUCGUACAUUCUUCCACCGACCUUUCGACCGACUUUGCGACGGACGUUUGAUUAUCGAUUUCCUGUGUGAAAACGUGGGGAUGGACUACUUGUCUUCAUAUUUGGAAUCUCUCACACCACAUUUUAAAAAUGGAGUUAAUUUUGCAGUAAGUGGCUCACAGACACUUCCUAAAUUAGUUCUUUUCAGUUUGAGCACUCAACUCCUUCAAUUCAGCCGUUUUCGCAAUCGUUCUCUUGAAUUUCAAUCAAAAGGGAUAAAAGGCAUGUUAGGAGAAGAGGAUUUUGAGAAUGCACUAUACAUGAUAGAUAUAGGACAAAAUGAUAUUUCGGAUGCCUUCUCCAACCUCUCUAAAGCUCAAGUAAUUGAAAAAAUUCCUUCUUUCAUUUCUGAAAUCGAAGAUGCUGUUAGGGCGAUAUACAAAGUUGGUGGGAGGAAAUUCUGGGUGCACAACACUGGACCAGUGGGUUGUCUACCUCGGAGUCUUGCAACAACAAAAGUGAGAGAUCCUAGUACUGAUUUUGAGGAGAUUGGUUGUCUCAAGUCUCUUAAUGAAGCUGCACAAGAAUUCAAUGUUCAACUUAGUGAUCUUUGUGAAGACUUAAGACGGGGAAUGAAGGAUGCUACCAUUGUGUAUGUGGAUAUCUACACCAUUAAGUACAACAUCAUCUCCAACUUUGCACUCUACGGUUUUGAGAAUCCAUUAACGGCAUGUUGUGGUGGUGGUGGUGCACCAUACAAUGCGAACAUAUCGUGUGGGCAGAGCGGGUAUAGCGUUUGCGAGGAUGGGUCGAAGUAUAUAAGCUGGGAUGGAGUGCACUACUCGGAGAAAGCAAAUGCAAUGGUGGCUGCCAGUGUUCUAUCUACAAAUUAUUCAACUCCUCCAUUGAAGUUUGACUACUUUUGCUCCGCACCAUCAGAUUAGCUCCGAUCCCCACACCAUUUUAAGAUUUGUGUUGUGCUGAAAUCGCAAUGGUUGGAUGUGUAAUGAAAGUUUGAGAUGUCUCAAUGGGGAAUAUACUUAUUUGCAUUUAAUAUAAUUAAGCAUGAAUCAAUUUGAUUCUAA